GACAAUAUGGCAACUUUAGCAUCGCUUUCUUCCCAAAAAACCAAUAAAAUCUUCGACUAAAGAUAACAAAGUGAAGGAGGAAACAAGUGAAAUUUUAAAUUAUUACAGUUAGCGAUAUAUUAGCGCCCUUUAUUUGCAUUGUUUUACUGAGAAGCGAAAGAAGCAGUAAACAUGGAUUUUGGAGAUGAUUUUGUUGCCCCCGCCUCUACCACAGCUGGAGAAGAGGUGGAUCCAGCAGCUGAAUUUUUGGCCCAAGAGAAAGCCAUUUUGGGCGAUCUAGAAGCUGAGAUCAGUGGCAGCACAACAAACGUCACCCAAGCAGCAGCUGCUGCAUCCGAUGAUGCUGGUCUACUGGGUGGAGAUAUGAAUGAGUUGAAUGCUGGCAGUGGUGGUGGCAAUGGAGGCUUGGAGUCCUCUACUGGCAGCUUUGAAAUGAUUGGAGGUGAUAACAAUGACAUCAAUCCCAUCUCGGGUCCUCCCCCUUCACGUAUCGAACCUGAAAAGAUACGCAAGUGGCGCGAAGAGCAACAGCAACGUUUGGAAGAGAAGGAUCGUGAGGAGGAACGCAAAAAGGAGGAGUUGCGUCAACAGGCCAAAAAGGAACUAGAGGAUUGGUUGCGUCAGACCGAAGAGUCCAUAGCCAAGACCAAAUCUGCUGCACGUAGUGCCGAAAAACAAGCAGCUGCCUUAGAAAAUGGUGGAGCCAUGGAACCAGGCACCGAAUGGGAACGCAUUGCCAAGUUGUGUGACUUCAAUCCCAAAGUGAAUAAAUCGGGCAAAGAUGUUUCCCGUAUGCGGUCCAUAUACUUGCAUCUGAAACAAAAUCCCAUUCCCAUUAGAACUCAAAAGGCAUAAGGUAGCGGAAGAUAAUGCGAUAUCUAAGUAGCUGAUUUUUAGCUCCACUCGAAUUCACAAGACGCUGGCUAGUAUUGUUGAUUUGUUUGUGUUCGGUAAAGAUGAUGUUGAUGACGAUGUUGGAGUGGUCGGUCCAGUCUAGUAGUAUUCUAUGAUUUAUAAUUAUAUAUGUUUCUCUCUCCAUUUAUGUUUAUCUCUCAAACAAAUUCCAUUUAAUUUCCAAAAUAAAUUUAUCGAUAUGUUUAUUAUAUUACAAAAACAUACACACACACACAAAAUGGUUAAAUAAAUAUUGUAGAUUUAUUAUAUUAAUAAAAAAUCUAUAUUCAUGAGCAACAAAAUA